GUCAUGUCUCUCGUCCUAGGCUACUCUUCCGACGAGGACGACGGUCCUCAGAUCUCUUCCAACGAUGUUUUCGGUCUCUCUUCUCUACCUUUGGCUAAAAAGCCACGAGUCGAUGAGUUGUCGACAUCGACAUCACUCGUGCCGACCUCCGCGCCAGAUGUACUCGCGGAGGACCCAUUGCACCAGACAACGUUGGUCACUCGGCCUACAGAUACACAAAUGAAUGUCAACAUCUCCUACCAGGACAUGAUGUUGCCCAUACAGGGACCGGAGAAUCCGUUUAGUGACCGCAACCGGUUCAUCAACCAGAACGCGCUCGCGGGACAUGUCGAAGAGCAAGCUAUGACUGAGCACGCGUUUCGACAGCAACACCUCACCCACGCUAUUCUGGGCUACUCUGCCAACCCUUCCGUAGACCCGAGCGCACCGGCUAUUGUCGGCUCGGUGGAGAAGGCGCAGGAGCAUGGUUUCGCCACUAUCGCCGCGGUCAAAGCCCCGAAGUCGAAGAAGAAUGAGCUCAAGCGGAAACGAAAGCCGGCGGGGGAUCUAGAGAUCGUGGAUGGAGAGGGUGCGUAUGAGGGUCCGUGGGCGACAUGGCAGGGGGACCAGCCGGAUACGAGCAUGCCGGAGGGUGCGGAUGAGGUAGAGGAAGAGGAGGAGGAGCCGGAGGAGGAGAUACAGGUGAAGAAGGCAAAACCAAAGCGCGGCGCACCGGGGUUGGAGUCAUCCGUGUUCCAUGGCAAGUCGAUGUACGACUACCAAGGGAGGACGUACAUGCACCCACCGUUAUCGGAAGCUCCUCAACUUCAGCACGAUCCCGGCUCGCAGGAAUGCUUCAUCCCCAAAGUCUGUAUACACACAUGGACAGGCCACACACAGGGUGUCUCCGUUCUCCGGCUAUUCCCCAAUACUGGUCAUCUCCUUUUGAGUGGCUCGAUGGACACAAAAAUCAAGCUGUGGGAUAUCUACACACAUGGCAACUGUCUUCGUACCUUCCACGGCCACAUGAAGGCGGUGAAAGAUGUUACGUUCUCCAAUGACGGCCGGCGAUUCUUGUCUUGCGGUUAUGACCGUCAGAUGAAGUUGUGGGAUACAGAAACUGGCCAGUGCAUCAAGCGCUUCAGCAACGGCAAGAUCCCGUACGUCGUCCGCUUCCAUCCGGAUGAGGACAAGCAGCAUAUAUUCCUCGCAGGGAUGUCCGACAAGAAGAUCAUCCAGUACGACAUGAACUCGGGAGAGAUUACCCAGGAAUACGAUCAGCAUCUUGGGCCGGUGAACACCAUUACCUUCGUUGACGAGAACAGGCGGUUCGUGACGACUUCCGAUGACAAAACCAUCCGCGCUUGGGACUUCGACAUCCCUGUCGUCAUCAAGUACAUCGCAGAGCCACACAUGCAUUCAAUGCCGGCUGUCACGCUGCAUCCCAGCAAGAAGUACUUCGCCGCCCAAAGUUUGGACAAUCAAAUCCUGGUUUACAGCACCGAUAACUUCCGCCAAGCUCGGAACAAGCGGUUCGCUGGCCACUCUGUUGCGGGCUAUGCUUGCCAGGUCGGCUUCUCUCCCGAUGGCAAGUGGAUCAGUAGUGGGGAUGGCGAGGGCAACGUGGUGUUCUGGGAGUGGAAGACGGGCCGCAUCAAGUCGCGUCUGCGCGCGCAUUCGAAGGUUGUUAUCGCCCACGAAUGGCUUCCGCACGAAUCUUCGAAGGUCGUGACCGGGUCGUGGGACGGCUUGAUCAAGCUUUGGGACUGAUGGAUCGUGUCGUGUAUACCAGUAAUGUGAUCACACACCUAUGCAGAAGACACGCCUUGCGUGCUGAUUCUUGAGGGCCGAGGCUCAUACCGGUCCUGUGACCCC